ACCAGUUUGAAGAUGGCGUCUUCCAAGCAGGGCGGGCCAGCUACAGCGUCUAGGAAAAGUGAAUUUCGUAGCCAGAAGCCGAAGUCGGAGAGCCGAGAUGAAUCAGAACUCCUCCUUGUUCCUGAUGGUUGGAAGGAGCCAGCUUUUUCCAAAGAGGACAAUCCCAGAGGACUCUUGGAGGAGAGCAGUUUUGCAACUUUGUUUCCAAAAUAUAGAGAGGCUUACUUGAAAGAGUGCUGGCCAUUGGUACAGAAAGCCUUGAGUGAACAUCAUGUUAAUGCAACCCUGGACCUGAUCGAGGGCAGCAUGACUGUCUGUACAACAAAGAAGACAUUUGAUCCAUAUAUCAUCAUUAGGGCCAGAGACCUAAUAAAGCUGUUAGCAAGGAGUGUUUCAUUUGAACAGGCAGUACGAAUUCUUCAGGAUGAUGUUGCAUGUGACAUCAUUAAAAUAGGUUCUUUAGUAAGAAAUAAAGAAAGAUUUGUAAAAAGAAGACAACGGCUUAUUGGUCCCAAAGGAUCUACGUUGAAGGCAUUGGAACUCUUAACAAACUGUUACAUUAUGGUACAGGGGAACACGGUUUCAGCCAUUGGACCUUUUAGUGGCUUAAAAGAGGUUCGAAAAGUAGUCCUAGACACUAUGAAGAAUAUUCAUCCAAUUUAUAACAUUAAAACCUUAAUGAUUAAACGAGAGUUGGCGAAAGAUUCUGAGUUAAGAUCACAGAGUUGGGAAAGAUUUUUGCCACAGUUCAAGCACAAAAAUGUGAAUAAACGCAAGGAACCAAAGAAGAAAACUGUUAAGAAGGAGUAUACACCAUUCCCACCACCACAGCCAGAAAGUCAGAUUGAUAAAGAAUUGGCUACUGGUGAAUACUUUCUGAAGGCAAGUCAAAAGAAGAGACAGAAAAUGGAAGCAAUAAAGGCUAAACAAGCAGAAGCUCUUAGUAGGAGACAAGAGGAAAGAAACAAAGCGUUUAUUCCACCUAAAGAAAAACCAGUUGUGAAAACUAAGGAAGCUUCUACUGAAACUAAAAUUGAUGUGGCCGCCAUCAAGGAAAAGGUUAAGAAAGCAAAGAGUAAGAAACUGGGAGCUCUUACAGCUGAAGAAGUUAAGCUUAAAAUGGAAGCAGAUGAAAAGAAAAAGAAGAAAAAAAAGUAACAUACAAAAAACAAAAACAAAAAACCCUGAGCUAGAAUUUAUUAAGCUAUCUAUCUCCUUUUGUAAAGGAUUUUGAGAUACUAGGGCAUUAGUUGCCUUAUCCAUGAGAAGUAAUACCCUGAUCACUUUUUUCUGAGUUUGUUUUGUUCUUUACAACAGUGUUUAUAUAAACAGCAAUUCUUUAUAAA